AUAAAUUUUUCCAAUUUUAAUAUAUAAAUAAAAAAUUGAGGAAAUAUAUUAAAUGCAUAAAAUGUCUACAGCUAAAGUUGAUAAACAUGUUCAAUCAGGACUUAAACGAACAGUUCCCGAGGGCACAGUAGAGGAAACACUAGAGCUAAAUAAACUUUAUGAUGAUUUACGGAAUCAACUUUCCUUGCCACGCACUGACCGCUUGGGCGGACGAACGGUGGCUACUUGGGACCCGGACAAAAAAGCAGUGCACGUGCUACGUAAAGAUGGCAAAUUUGGUAAUUUUGGUUAUAGUCAUGGCGGUCGCCUAUAUUUGGAAUAUUACGAGGCACUAUUUCUCUUAGAAAUGAAUCGUUUGCAAUUAGAAUAUCAUUCCAUGAUAAUGUCAAUUGAACAAGCUUAUUUGUUACUCUUGGGGGAGACAGCUACCCCUAAAUGCAAUGAAUAUCUUGUAUAUGCACAUCUGACGCGCAUUGGCUACAUUUUAGUGAGACAUCAAAAUAUUCCUUAUUACGACAACAUCGAACCAACCGAAGAGGACUGUGCUUGGGCACUGGCAUUAAAUGUUAUUAAUAAUCGUGCGAUAUCCGAAAAUGUAAAGAAGUCUCCAUAUUUUGUAAAAGUAAAAAAGGAAAUGAAACAAAUUAAGGAAUACAUAACCAAACCACCGGUACACGAACAACAACAAUUAAGCGAAGCAGAUUCAUCAUCCAUAAAUUUCAAUGGGAAGGUCAUAUCUACUGGUAAACGGAAAAACACAACUGACGAAUCAAAAAAUCUAACAAAGACGAAACGAAGAUGUCUAGAGGUAGCAUCUAGACAAAAAAGUUUUCUGGAUUGUCUCAAAGAUGAACCGGAAUAUAAACAAUUUCAAGCCACAUUUGCAAAAUUCGACAUAGUUCAAAUGGGUGAUGCCACUAUAAACGCAGAGGAGGAGGUGCGCAGUUUACACAUAACUUUCGAUUUGUACCUGCAUAAUAAUGGAUUCAAAAAGCGAUCUCCAAAGCCACCUACUUUCCGUUUACUGAUACUAGGGGUACAUGAGCCAUUCCCUACACAUGCAGAAAUAACAAAUAUCUACAACUUGCAAAAGUACCCUGUGCCUAUUUUAGUAGUAUCUGUGGGCGAAUCAAAGCAAAUACAAGCGUUUGUAUAUUAUUUUAGUUGAUAUAAUGAAC